UAUUCGUUUUCAGUUUGACAGCGGAUACUGUUUGUAUAACAAAUAUUUUGCUUAUUUAUAUUUUUUUCAAUAAUAAACAUCGCUUUGGUACUAUUAAUAACUUUGUUCGUCACUUUUGGAAAUCGUAAGAUUCGUGUCGUGAUUCGGUAGUAGUGAGCUACAAAAUGCGGUACAUAUUUCUAACAACGAUUUUUAGUGUUGUUUUUGCAUAUGAAAAAGACAUGACUUUUAGUGUCCAAGCCGGGAAAAUGGAAUGUUUUUAUCAAAAAGUGUCCGUGAAUGAAGCAAUUGAUGUCGAAUAUCAGGUGAUAGAUGCUACACACGGUGAGCUGGACAUAUCGUUCCAGAUGGCAGACCCUGUUGGUAGAGUCAUUGUAGCUGAUUAUAAAAAACCAGAAAAUGGACACCGUCACAAAUCGCUGCUAGAAGGCGACUAUAGAUUCUGUUUCGACAACAGUUUUAGUACGUUCAGUGAAAAGACUGUCUUCUUCGACCUCAUGAUUGAGAACGAUGACACGAAUGAGAAGGAUUAUGAGGAUGACAAAGAAAUGGAGCUCGGCAAUGCAGCGGAAACGUACAUGAUGCGCGUCAGAGAUAUAUCCGAAUCGGUGAACAAGUUGAAAGACAACGUCUCCACGGCGAGGAGGCUGCAGGAACUGCUGUCGGCGCACGAGGCGAGGGACAGGAACCUCGCUGAAGAUAUGUGUUCCCGGGUAAUGUCUUGGUCUCUGGGUCAGAUCAUGCUAAUGAUGGUGGUUGGUGUAACGCAGGUAUAUUUCUUGAAGAGUUUAUUCGAAGACAGUAGAGGUUUGAAGAAUUUAGUCCCUGGCUUCAUGUCACAGUAAUAUCAAAAUUAAAUCCUGUAGAUAAUUAUUUAAUUCAUUCAACGCCCCAACUUUACAGCUUGUCAAAAAUACUCGCUCCAAUAUUUUAUCUAUGCACGUCUAUCUCGCCAUUGUGUUGCCAGUUUAUUCUCAAACUAGCUGCUGGGCGUCAGUUGUCAUUGCUUCCUCAUUGGUGUAAACCAUUCCAGUAAAUGGGAUAUCUGAUACGAUUUGGUAAGUCCUGAUAUAAGCACCUUAAAUCAAACUCUUCAGCUUUAGUUAACGGGAUAA